AGCAGCGGUUUCUGGUACUUCACACGACAAUGAAUAACUGGGUUUAAGUGCGUUAGUGUUUAAAGAACAAAUUUGCAGUGUAAUAUAGCGUUUUUUUCUUUCGGUUGCAUAUUGAAAAGUCAGCCGUGUCCCCGCCCAAGCCGUGUCGGUGAACUGAACUCCUGUUUCACAGGGGAGGGGUCAGACGCUUCACGGUGGGACGACGAGGAAAGAGAGAGGAGUGAACAAGGGGAGCGAGAUAGAUUGGUGGGUUUUUAAAAAGACUGCUUAAAUUUGUUAAUCUCAGCUUUCUUCUUUGUUUUGCUUCGUCGGGAGAAACGCGUUCCAGGCCACUCGUUAGAAAGCGAACUCAUAAAAUAGGGCAGAUGCGUCUGGCGUAGCGUGGGGCUGAAACGCCCAAAUAUAGAGCAGCAAACGUUUGGAAUUACAAUCACUUCCUACCGCUUGGAAAAUCUGAAACUGGCCAUAGAGAAGCCCGUUUCGAUAGGCCACGACCUCACAUCGGGACUUUAACGAAAGCAAAAACAAAGUGUGUAUGGAGCAGUGUGAGAAUGCCGCAUCUCUCCUGGCCUCCGUGCGAGAGCAGGAGAUGCAGUUUGAGCGUCUGACUCGAGCUCUGGAGGAGGAGAGGAGGAGCGUGGGGCCCUCCGGUACCCUACCCCGCCCCCUCCCCACCCUGCAGAACGGCCGUGUCACUGGUGAUGCAGAGUUAGAACGGCUCAAAUUAAGCGAGGGAUACAUAAACGGGACUCAGUACAGGAUGUUGGACCCUGGUCAUAUUGUUGAGUCGGUCACAGUUGAGUCGGACCCCCACGAAUCGGUGCCGAUUAUUUCAGUUGAAACCAGUGAUGACGGCACCACACGUCGCACUGAGACCACAGUAAAGAAGGUCACAAAGACGACUACCACACGAACAGUCAUUCCUUCAGUCUCCGACACCCUAUCACUUGAUGGCACUGGUUCAGUCACUGGGAUGCCUGGUUGUAAUACCCCAAUGGACCGUGUGUACAGGCCACCCGGUGGCCCAAUGGACUACCCUACCGCUACUGUCCCCCGUAACUACCACUAUGGACCACCAGGCUAUGAAGAUUACCGCACCUACCCUGCUUCUGAAACCUACGCCAGUCUCAAUCGAGGGACACGUAUGGAUGACCGCUACAGACCUGUGGAUGGCUAUCGCACGCUGGACUCGGCCUACCGCACCCAUAGCCGGCCGCAGUUGGACCCGUAUGCAGCCCAGCCCCAGGUAGGACGUAUGGGCAGUGCUAUGGAGAUCUCAGGCAUGCAGCGCUUUGUACCAGAGCCGUACGGCCUGGAGGAUGAUCAGAGGAGCCUGGGAUACGAUGAACCUGAUUAUGGCAUGGGACUGCCCAUGCAUUACAGCACAAUGCCCAGGCUGGCACAUCCACACCAUCCUCCACCUCCACGCCGGACAGGGUCAUAUGAGGGCACACUGGAUGGUGAUAUGAGUGGAACUGGCGAUUAUUAUUGGGGAGUAGGAGCUCCGCUGGCGCAGGGAGAGAGAGGCAGCAUGGCAUCAUUGGACAGCACUCUUCGUAAAGGCCCUGCCCCCACAGCAUGGAGGCAACCGGAACUUCCUGAAGUCAUCGCUAUGCUCAACUACCGCCUGGACCCUGUCAAAAGCAAUGCCGCGGCAUACUUGCAACAUCUCACUUUUAAGAACGAUAAGGUGAAGUCAGAAGUUAGACGACUGAAGGGAAUCCCUGCCCUUGUGUCCAUGCUGGAUAACCCAAAGAAAGAGGUGCAUUACGCAGCAUGCGGAGCGCUCAAGAACAUCUCAUACGGACGAGAUCCAGACAACAAGAUAGCCAUCAAGAACUGUGACGGAAUUCCCGCGCUCGUGCGGCUACUGAGAAAGACGAGAGAUCAGGACCUUACUGACACCAUAACAGGCACGCUGUGGAACCUGUCGUCUCACGACUCUGUAAAGAUGGAAAUCGUGGACCACGCGCUGCACGCCCUGUCCGACGAGGUGAUGGUUCCUCACUCGGGUUGGGAGAGGGGGAAUGAAGGAGGAGAGGAGAGCUGCAAACCCAGACACUUGGAGUGGGAGACGGCGCUCACCAACACCACCGGCUGCUUAAGGAAUGUGAGCUCGGAGCGGAGCGAGGCCAGGAGGAAGUUGAGGGAGUGCUCUGGACUGGUCGACUCUCUCAUGUACAUCGUCCAGUCACAGAUCAACUGUAAAGAUGUGGACAACAAGCUGAUUGAAAACAGCGUGUGUCUGCUGAGGAAUCUGUCCUAUCAGGUGCAUCGGGAGAUACCUGGAAGUGAGCGCUAUCAGGAGACGACUCCUGUCAAUCAAGGCCCCGCCCCUUCCCAAAAGGGUGGCUGCUUCAGCUCCCGAAAGGGCAAAGACGAGUGGUUUUCCAAAGGAAAAAAAGAGGAUGAUGGAACUUCAGAUACCAUUGACAUUCCAAAGAGAAGCACGCCAGCCAAAGGUUAUGAGUUGCUGUUCCAGCCAGAGGUGGUGCGUGUGUACACUUCUCUUUUGAAAGAGAGCAAGAACCCGUCGGUUCUGGAAGCCGCCGCGGGGGCCGUGCAGAACCUGUGUGCGGGCCGCUGGACUUAUGGGCGGUACAUCAGAGCAAUGAUGAGACAGGAGCAUGGCCUGCCGAUGAUGACAGAGCUGUUGUCUCAUGGGAACGACCGUGUAGUUAGAGCCAUGUCUGGAGCUCUGAGAAACCUGGCCAUUGACGCUCGCAACCGUGAGCUGCUAGGUAAGCAUGCAGUGCCUAACCUGGUGGCCAAUCUGCCAGGCGGAGGUCAGAGUCAGCCGGUGCGUGGGCUCUCAGAGGAGACAGUUGUGUCUGUUCUCAGCACUAUGGCGGAGGUGGUCGGCUCCAGCGUGGAUGCGGCCAAAACCCUGCGCAGCUCCCAGGGCAUCGAGAGACUGGUGCUCAUCAACAAAGACAGCAACCGUUCAGAUCGGGAGGUGCGUGGCGCUGGGCUGGUCCUGCAGAUCGUGUGGGGCUUCAAAGAGCUCCGCCGCACACUGGAGAAAGACGGCUGGAAGAAAACAGACUUCAUGGUGAACCUUAACCCUCCUAACAACACCCGCAGCAACGGGGGAUACGAGGACAGCACCCUGCCGCUAAUAGACAGGGGGGGCAAACAGGACAGAGACAGAGACAUGAUUCCACUUAAUGAUAUGGGACCAGAAGCUUACUCUACGAUAGACCAGAGAGGACGGAGAAACACUUUAGACGACACUUUGGAUCGCUCUGACAGAGAGGCACCUCAGGGAGGAAUGUAUGGGGAGAGGCGGGGCUCUUUGCCUCUGUUGGACUCUUAUGAUGGUUAGGCCACUCCCCCUCCCCCCCACUCAGUGCAUGAGCACGCAUGAAAAACUGAUCGUGUGCAUCACCCGCCGUGAGUUUCCUCCUCCUGCCUACUGUCCCUGCUGAGCCUCUGAUCUCAUCACUUACGGGACCAUAGCCACUAAUUGCAACGACCCUUCUGUAGUUUUCAACAUUCUCAUGUCAUCACUCUCCUGCUCUCAUCGAGAUCGAUGUGACUGAGAACAGCCACUACUUAAAAUGGACUCUUAUGUCAAAUAAUGGAAUCACUAGGGACUACAUGCUCUAUUUAGUCACAUCCCCAGCUUAUAUAAAUCAUUUCCUUUUUUUUUGUUGUUGUUGUUUUUUUACUUAUGCAUCUAUUAGAACACUAGUAUAGUAUGGCGUUUGGUAUUUUGAUUACUUUGCUUCAUCCUGCUUUGUGGUUCACACUGAUAAAAAGGUAAUGCCAAAUUGCAUCAGUCAUAUGUGGCCUGCAGAAAAUAAUGUAUAUAGAAUUUCUCAGUAAGUUUUAUGUCUCACUGACUCAUUGCAACGGGCAUGAAGCCUAUUAUUUUGUUUCAGCGUUUUCUAAAAGCACUAGACGACCACCGAUUCCCCUUAAGUUAUCCAUCUGUGGUUUUUGUGGAUCUCGUGGAGUGUUCAGUCUCUAGGAAGGGGUUGUUGAAAGCAUUACAAAAGAGGCAGAGGGAUAUUUGAUUUGGGAGUUUUUCUUUGUUUUUGUUUUUUUUUUUUUUUGUUUUGUUUUUUUAAACCGUAGCAUUCAAAAAAGUUCUCUAGUUGUAGGCGAGUAUAGCUUGGUUCUUUGCAGCUCCUCAUGUCAUAAACUUCAAUGUCGUCAAAUUUGCAAAGCAUUCCAGAUUGGGAGAGCUGUUUUGGGAUUUAAUUUUUUUCCCCCUCUUUGGGUUGGUUUUAUGAAAUUGAGUGGAAACUUGAGUACCUCGCUGUUCAUUUUUAAUAAAUACAGUUAAUUAGCCACAGAAGAGAUCUAAACAAACAAAUUGUAGCCCUGGUCUUAAAUUGGUGCUCCCACUUUUCAGUGCUUUGUGAAUCGGCCCUGCUGGUGGACCCAGUUGGUGCGUUUUCAUUUUUGUCUGAAUAUAACUGAAUGUGUAAAUAUGACCGCGUCUCACAAAUCCACUCUGCAUACUUGGAGUGCCUCGCUUGCUCAACGCGUCGUGUGAGCGUGUUUGUGUGAUAAGCGGUGAACGGGGACGUUCGGCCACCCUUCUGCCUCUUGGUUUCAGUGCCUGUCUGUGUAGAGAGUGAACGAGUGUACAUUUAAGGAUGUAUAUGCAUUUUUUUUUUUUUUUUUUUUUUUUUUUUUUUUUUUUUUUUUUCGGAGAUCCGUAAGUACAGUGCUUGUUUCCUAGACUGCAAAUUCAAAAUGCACAGUAAGUCUGUUGUAGAUAAUUGCUGAACGGAAACUUUAGCACUAGGGGUCAAUGGAUGUUUCCCCCCCCCAAUGCCUUUUUAAUUCCCGCAAUCCAAUCCUUCGAGACACUACAGUCAGUAAAGGAGGUCGGCUGUUGACUAAAUGGAUGUGAGCCAGAAGUCCGAGUCUGGAUGGAGGAGGCCGUUCACAAGUGUAAGGAAUCAAUCGAUUGUUCAAUGUUGAGGGAGGCAGGUAAAUUAAUCUUUUAAUUACGAAAAAGAAAUUGCAUCUCUUUCAGGCGGGAUUUAGCCAGAUUUUGAUUCUAGCUUGAUGAGAAAAUAAGAUAGGUGAAAUAAAAGCACAUUUAACUAUAUAUACCAGAGAAUAUUUGUUAAUUUUAAUUAUUUUUUUUUCUCCUUUUUUUUUUUUUUUUUUUUUUUUUUUUUUGUCCUGUUGCUCUUUCUUUUCUAUAUUUUAUGAUUGGGGCUGAUUUUGUUUUUUUUCUGGGGUGUUGUGGGUGAAUGCAUAUGCAAUCAGUUUUAUUUUUUAAAUAAAUGCAUUUACGGUUUAUAUCUUUUAAUUAAAGACAAAAGGAAAAAUUCUUUGUGUCGUGCUGUCAGUUGACAUGUUUCUGCAACACUAACGUGGAUCUUGAUUCAUAAUUCCUAUAUUUCAACACUUUACCUUUGGUCUUAAACGUUGCACCUUUCUCUCAUGGAUUGAACAUGUAACUUAGCAAUACUGUUUUUUUAAAUAAAAGAAUGAUUUUUUUUUU